CAAUAUGGCUGAAAACGAAAAUGAUGAAAGUUCUUCAGAUAAAUUAGAGAAAGAACAUUUUCAGCGGAUCGUGAACGCAUUUAGAUGUUAUAGAAUCCACGCUUGGAAGAGCGUGCAAGAUGCAGAGAAGAAUUACAGAGACCUGCCAGAGAGACACAAAAAAUUGAUACCAAAUUUCCUGGAGAAUUUGGAUGAUAUCCGAUUAAGCAUCGAUCACAAUAAUGAAAUAAUCAAACUCAUUGUUCAAACUACAGCGGGAAUAUUUGAGAAUGCGGACCGUCACCCAGAAAAUGGUAAAAUCACGCAGGCGGCCUCGGAAUUCGACAUGGACAAGGUCCGCACCACCCUGAAGCAAGUUGUGCGAGACUGGUCCACAGAUGGUGAGGCGGAGAGAAUUGCGUGUUACAAACCAGUGAUUGAUGAUAUCAAGGAGAAAUUUCCCUGCGACAAUUGUAACCGCACCGAUGUCAAAAUCCUCGUCCCAGGUUCUGGACUCGGCAGAUUAGCCUUCGAGAUAGCCCGCCUAGGAUACAGUUGCCAGGGUAAUGAGUGGAGCCUGUUUAUGCUGUUUGCUUCCAAUUUUAUAUUGAACCGGUGCCACGAACCAGACGAGUUGAUCCUAUACCCAUACGUCCAUCACUGGUCCAACAACUUGUCACAUAAGGACCAAACACACGCGAUCAAGUUUCCCGAUAUAAAUCCAUCCGAACUUCCCCCCGGUUCUGACUUUUCAAUGGCAGCAGGCGAUUUUUUAGAGAUCUAUACAGACGAAGAUUCUUGGGACUGUAUCGCGACCGUAUUUUUCAUUGACACGGCUCACAAUAUCGUCGCAUAUAUCGAAAAAAUUUAUGAGAUUCUUCAACCUGGGGGCUAUUGGAUCAACCUCGGGCCCCUGCUCUAUCACUUUGCUGACAUGCCGAAUGAAAGUUCGAUCGAGCUGAGUUACGAAGAUGUGAAGAGUGUUGUACAGAAAACUGGCUUCGUUAUUGAGAAGGAAGAGAAGAACAUCAAAUGCAGCUACACCCAGAAUCCCGCAUCAAUGCUGAAAUACGUCUACGAGUGUGUAUACUUCGUUGCAAGAAAGCCAGUCUGACAUUGGCGAUGACGGUGACAGAACUGAGAUGUCUCAGGCCACAAUUUUUGACUCCCAUGCUAUAUUUUUUGCCUGUCAAGUACAAUUGUAUGUAAAUAUCAGUUUAAAAUGGAAUGUCACACUAUUAUUGAAUGAUGAAAAGCAGCACCACCUAUGAAUUUUCUACAAAUAUACGUGUAUUUAUGUACAAAUGUAAAUGUAUUGUGAGUAUGACAAUUAAAAACUACGGAAUCGAUUUUAAAUCUUUUAGCCUGUGUAUGUGUCCUGUGCUGAUGUUAUGUUUUACAGGUACAAUGUAUUGCAGAUUCACACAAUGAUAA